AUGGCCGCCUCAUCCAGAUCCAGGCCGCUCCCCAAGCUCUCCCCCUCCCACCUCGUCCCCCUCGACCUCUCCACCUCCUGGUGCUGCACGCCCCACGGUCUCGGCGGCCACGCCCACUCCCACUCCCACCCCUCCUCCCCCGCCCGCGCCGCCGACCCCAUGGAUCCCCCGCCCGCCGGCUCCUCCUCCUCCUCCGCCUCGGCCUCCGCCUACGCCACUCCGCCCCCGCCGCCCUCGUACGCGCCGUCCUACCCCUCCAGCUACACCAAGUUCAACUCCGCGCUCAACGCCGGGCUGCUCAACCCCAUGUCCCCGCCGCCGCUGCCGCUCGACAAGACGCGCUCCAGCCCCACCCUCUUCGACAUGAUGGCCAACGAGCAGGACUACCACCCCCGCACCGCCGCCGGCGUCCACUCCAUCCCGGCCCCGCCCCAGCCGCACCAGCUCCAGCCCGCGCGCUCCAUGGACCGCCAGAUGCUGCUCCAGGACCGCAUCGCCGACCUCAUCGGCAGCUGCAGCCCAGGGAACCAGUUCAACGACGCCGACUCCUCCGACGUCCGCCUCACCCUCACCUCCAAGGACGGCCUCUCCGUCACGCUCUGCGUCCACCGCCACAUACUCGUCGCGCACAGCAGGUUCUUCGCCGCCAAGCUGUCCGACCGCUGGUCCAAGCAGCAGCGGACCCUGCCGCACAUCGUCGAGAUCUCCGACUGCGACGACGUCGAGGUCUACGCCGAGACGCUGCGCCUCAUGUACUGCAAGGAUCUACGCCGGAGGCUCAUGCGGGAGGAUGUCAACAAGGUCCUUGGCAUUCUAAAGGUGUCCGCAGCCAUUGUGUUCGAUGCCGGGGUGCUAUCUUGCUUGGAGUAUUUGGAGGCUGCGCCGUGGGCUGAAGACGAUGACGAGAAGGUGGCAGCAUUGUUGACGCAGCUGCACCUCGAGAACUCAGGGGCUGGAGAGGUGCUCAAGAGAGUGUCCCUGGAAUUGGCCCCUUCGGCAUUGGUUGAAGAGGCAGAGGUCGGAGGGAGUUGCAGUGGCGGUGGCGAGGAGGUGUUGUUGAGGCUCCUGCAGGUUGUCCUGGAAGGGAAGGACGAAAAGGCAAGGAGGGAGAUGAAGGGGCUGGUGUCCAAAAUGCUCAGGGAGAACAGCACAUCCCGUGGCGGAGCAAUUGGUGGCGACCUCCGCAAGGAGUCACUCUAUUCGGCAUGCAAUGGGUGCUUAUCCUUGCUGCGUGAGCAGUUUGUUAGGGCUGCAGGGGGUGAUCAAUCAGAGGUGUCGCAGAUUGCCAGGCAGGCUGACAACCUGCAUUGGAUGCUUGACAUCCUUGUUGAGCGCCAGAUUGCUGAGGAGUUCUUGAGGACAUGGGCAAUGCAGACUGAGUUAGCGGAGAUGCAUCGUAAAGUGCCAGCAAUACACCGCUAUGAAGUGAGCCGAGUGACGGCAAGGCUCUUUGUCGGGGUUGGCAAGGGGCAAAUCUUGGUGUCCAAGGAGGCCCGUUGCCAGCUCUUGAGCACCUGGUUAGAGCCCUUCUAUGAGGACUUUGGAUGGAUGCGACGAGCAUGCAAGGGGCUCGACCGGCAUUUGAUAGAGGAUGGGCUUGCAAACACAAUCCUGACACUGCCUCUUGCAACUCAGCAGGAGAUUCUUCUGGCAUGGUUCAAUCGCUUCCUCAACUCUGGGGAGGAUUGCCCAAACAUUCAGAGAGGGUUCGAGGUGUGGUGGCGGCGUGCUUUCUGGAAAAGGAAUGCCGAACCAGAGCAGCCAACCCGUUUGAGGAUCACUGCAAUCUGUGAGAAUUCUUGAUGACCUUGAUUCAAAUUUGACAUGAAAGGCGGUGGAUGUUGUGAUAUAAAGGUUGAUUUUGUGUGAUCUAACUGUUUCACUGGGUUCUUUGCUAUGUUUAAUUUUAGGCAAUUAGCCAAUUACACAUGUUAUGUUUGAUCUUUUGCAAGUGCAAUGUACACCAGAUCCAAUGUACCACUAUGCUGUAUCUAUUUUGAAUUCAAGUGUAGUAGAGUGAUCAUUUGCUAUCUAUCAUAAGCAACAACUGAAGGAUUCAAACA